GGUUGUGAGCGGGCCGCGGCGGGAGCGCGCAGUGUGGGGGGGAGGGGCAGGGCAGGGAGCGCGCGGGCCGUGGCGGGAGGGCGACGCGCUGACUGGGCGCUGCUGUUGGGGCAGAGCAAGAGGCGCAUUAACGAAACUAUUAUAGAAAUAAAAAUAAACAAACCAAAUAACGCCCCCCCCCAACAAACUCCUCUCCCCGCUGACCGGAAACCCUCAACCUUACCCCCCUCCCCGAUCAUCAAAAAAACUCGGAGCAGUCUCGCUCUCGCCCGACUAAUCGCGCGACUAAUCGGCGGGCUCGGGAGGGGGGGGGGGGGGUGGUGGUUGUUUUCCUCCCGAUAUCGUUUUUUUAAAAAAAUCCAAAGUGGAGUUUUUGUUUUUAAAAAAAGUAUCCGGUCGGCCCAGAAAAGUUUUCUGAGGAGAAUUUUCUGUUUUAAAAAUAUUGUUGUUGUUGUUGUUGUGUUUGUCGGUGGUUCCAAGAUGGCGCAGUGAGUGAGGCCGCGCCGCCGCCAUUUGCAGCCGCACCGAGCGGGCGGGCGGGCGAGAGAGCUGAGCGAAGGCAGCCAGGCCGGGCCGGGCUGGGCCAGGCCGACACCGCGUCCUCUCUCGUCUCCUCAUCCCCACCCCCCCACCUCACCUCCCCGCCGCCACCCCCUCCCCCCCCCUCCUAAACCCACCCCCCCCUCCCCACCUCGGCCUCUCUGUUGUCCCACCGGCGGAGCAGCGCCAUGUUCAGGCUACACGGAGGAGGAGGAGGAACAGCGGCGGCGGGAGAAAAGUGAGCGAGGAGCCGGGGACGGGCUGAAGACAGACCGACUCGAGAGAGAGAGGGAGAGAGAGAGAGAGAGAGCGAGAGAGAGAGAGAAGGGGGGGCGGGGGCGAAGCCUGCCCGGAACCGGAGCGGAAGCGGAGCAAACACUCCUGAAGUGACCACUGGGCCCCCGGACUCUCCCGUGAGAACACUUAGCAGAAGGCGACCCUUUCCCUCCUCCAUCGUUAUAUAUAUAUUAUAAGAAAGAGAGAGAGAGAGAGGAAAGGCGCUGACACGAGAAGAGAAAUUUUUCUUUUUCCAGUAAAAGAAAGGGGAAUAAUGACCAUUUCCCGCUUUCCUCAGCUGACCGCCCCGACCAGCAAUGAAUCUUGACUCGUUAUCGCUGGCCUUGUCUCAAAUCAGCUACCUUGUGGACAACCUGACCAAGAAGAAUUACAAAUCCAGCCAGCAGGAGAUCUCUCAUAUUGUGAACAGACACGGCCCCGAGGCAGACAGACAUUUAUUACGCUGUCUAUUCUCGCAUGUGGAUUUCAGUGGCGAUGGUAAAAGUAGCGGCAAAGAUUUCCAUCAGACUCAGUUUCUGAUUCAGGAGUGUGCGUCGCUGAUUACCAAGCCUAACUUUAUCUCGACGCUGUGCUACGCCAUUGACAAUCCAUUGCACUAUCAGAAGAGUCUGAAACCUUCACCCCACCUGUUUACUCAGCUUAGUAAAGUGCUCAAGUUAAGCAAGGUCCAAGAGGUUAUCUUUGGCCUUGCCUUGCUGAAUUCUUCUAGCUCAGAUCUGCGCGGGUUUGCUCUCCAGUUUGUGAAACAGAAGCUUCCGGAUCUUCUGCGAUCCUACAUCGACGCAGACGUGAGUGGGAACCAAGAAGGUGGCUUUCAGGAUAUUGCGAUAGAAGUCCUGCACCUGCUCCUGUCCCACCUUCUUUUUGGGCAAAAGGGAGCAUUUGGUGUUGGACAGGAACAGAUUGACGCUUUCCUUAAGACAUUGCGCAGAGAUUUCCCGCAAGAGCGUUGUCCUGUGGUGCUUGCACCACUGCUAUAUCCUGAAAAACGGGACAUUCUGAUGGAUAGGAUUUUGUCUGAUUCGGGAGGGAUAGUGAAGACCAUGAUGGACAGCUCACUAGCAGAUUUUAUGCAAGAAGUAGGCUACAGCUUUUGUACAAGCGCUGAAGAAUGCCGUCAAAUCAUUUUGCAGUUUGGGGUUCGGGAAGUGACGGCUUCUCAGGUUGCCAGGGUAUUGGGAAUGAUGGCUCGGACACAUUCAGGCCUGACUGAUGGUAUUUCCUUGCAAUCCAUCUCAGCCCCUGGAAGUGGAAUCUGGAGUGAUGGGAAGGAUAAAACAGACUCUGCACAGGCCCAUACUUGGAAUGUAGAAAUAUUUAUUGAUGUUGUGAAAGAAGUGAAUCCAAACCUGAAUUUUAAGGAGGUGACUUACGAGCUGGAUCACCCAGGAUUCAUUCUUCGUGACAGCAAAGGCCUGCAAAUAGCAGUGUAUGGAAUCCAGAAGGGGAUGGGGAUUGAAGUCUUUCCUGUUGAUCUCAUUUACCGGCCAUGGAAGCAUGCAGAAGGACAGCUCUCCUUUAUUCAACACUCAUUAAUGAACCCAGAUAUCUUCUGUUUUGCUGACUACCCAUGUCAUACUGUCGUGACAGACAUCUUGAAAGCCCCUCCAGAGGAUGACAACCGGGAAAUUGCUACAUGGAAAAGCUUGGACCUCAUUGAGACCUUACUACGUCUUUCAGAGCUAGGACAAUAUGAGCAGGUCAAACAGCUCUUUAAUUUCCCUAUCAAACACUGUCCGGAUAUGUUGGUACUGGCCUUACUCCAGAUCAACCCAACCUGGCACACUCUGCGCCAUGAGCUCAUUUCCACACUGAUGCCAAUUUUCCUGGGCAAUCAUCCGAAUUCUGCCAUUAUCUUGCACUAUGCAUGGCACGGACAGGGUCAAUCCCCCUCAAUCCGACAGCUGAUCAUGCACGCAAUGGCAGAGUGGUACAUGCGUGGUGAGCAGUAUGAUCAGGCCAAGCUCUCUCGCAUUCUAGAUGUAGCUCAAGACUUGAAGGCCUUGUCUAUGCUGCUAAAUGGUACUCCGUUUGCCUUUGUUAUUGACCUUGCUGCACUUGCAUCUCGCCGAGAAUACCUCAAACUUGAUAAGUGGUUGACUGAUAAAAUCCGUGAGCAUGGGGAACCAUUUAUCCAGGCAUGUGUUACGUUCCUAAAAAGACGGUGUCCUUCCAUCAUGGGUGGACUGGCUCCUGAAAAGGAACAACCCAAGAGUGCUCAGCUUCCUCCAGAAACGCUGGCUACAAUGUUGGCUUGCCUACAGGCUUGUGCAGGGAGUGUGUCACAGGAGCUAUCGGAGACUAUUCUCACAAUGGUGGCUAACUGUGGCAAUGUCAUGAACAAAGCCCGCCAGCCACCUCCAGGAGUAAUGCCCAAGGUCCGCGCACCUAGUACCAGCAGUAUAGAAACCAUGUCACCUGUACAGAUCGAUCCUUUGUCAGGCAUGGCUUCGUUGACAAUUGGUGGAUCAGCUGCAUCCCUCACUCCGAGUAUGCAGGGUUUCACAACUAACCUGAGUUCUGCAUUCAAUACCCCUCAAUCACCAGCGAAAGCCUUUCCUCCACUCUCAACACCAAACCAGACAACUCCCUUCAGUGGUAUCGGCGCUCUUCCAUCCCAACUACCAGGAAGUUUGGGCACAGGGAGUUUGACUGGCAUGGGAACUGGUGGACUUGCACUACCAACUGUGAACACUGACCCUUUUGGGCAGCGAAAGAUGAGCACAUCUGGACUGAACCCACAAACAUUCCAGCAGACUGACCUUUCUCAGGUAUGGCCGGAGGCAAAUCAGCACUUUAGCAAGGAGAUUGAUGAUGAAGCAAACAGUUACUUCCAGCGGAUCUACAACCAUCCACCCCACCCUACCAUGUCUGUUGAUGAGGUUCUGGAAAUGCUGCAGAGGUUUAAGGAUUCCACCAUUAAGCGUGAAAGGGAAGUUUUUAACUGUAUGCUUCGUAACCUGUUCGAAGAGUAUCGCUUCUUCCCCCAGUAUCCAGAUAAAGAGCUGCACAUCACAGCCUGCCUAUUUGGUGGAAUUAUUGAAAAGGGGCUGGUCACAUAUAUGGCAUUAGGACUUGCACUGCGCUAUGUUCUUGAAGCCUUGCGCAAACCGUUUGACUCCAAGAUGUACUACUUUGGCAUUGCUGCACUAGACAGAUUUAAAAACAGAUUGAAGGACUAUCCCCAGUAUUGUCAACAUUUGGCUUCUAUUGGCCACUUUUUACAGUUUCCUCAUCAUUUACAGGAGUACAUUGAAUAUGGCCAGCAAUCCCGAGACCCUCCUGUGAAAAUGCAGGGUAGCAUUACAACCCCUGGCAGUAUUGCUUUGGCACAGGCUCAGGCUCAAGCACAGGCUCAGAAUAAGACCCCUAUGGCCAGACAGGUCAGUGCCAUAGUAACCACUUCCACAACCACCACAGUCACCAAAGCAACUACAGUUACCAGGCCGACUGGAGUGAGCUUUAAGAAAGAUGUACCGCCCUCCAUUAAUACAACAAACAUUGAAACAUUGUUGGUGGCCACAGACCAAGCAGAGAGGAUAGUGGAACCACCUGAGAAUAUUCAAGAAAAAGUAGCAUUCAUCUUCAACAACCUCUCGCAGUCCAACAUGACACAAAAGGUAGAGGAGCUGAAGGAGACCGUGAAGGAUGAGUUUAUGCCCUGGGUAUCUCAAUAUUUGGUAAUGAAGCGGGUUAGCAUUGAACCAAACUUUCACAGUCUUUACUCAAACUUUAUGGACACGUUAAAAAACCCCGAGUUUAACAAAAUGGUGCUCACCGAGACGUACAGAAACAUCAAGGUACUGCUGACCUCAGACAAGGCAGCGGCAAACUUUUCAGACCGAUCGUUGUUGAAGAACUUGGGACACUGGUUGGGCAUGAUCACCUUAGCCAAAAAUAAACCCAUCUUGCACAUCGAUCUGGAUGUGAAGUCAUUGCUGCUAGAAGCUUACAUGAAAGGUCAGCAAGAGAUGCUCUACGUUGUCCCUUUUGUUGCCAAAGUUUUAGAAUCCAGCGUUAGGAGUAUGGUUUUCAGGCCUCCAAAUCCUUGGACGAUGGCUAUCAUGAAUGUACUAGCAGAACUACAUCAAGAGCAUGAUUUGAAGUUAAACCUGAAGUUUGAAAUCGAGGUCUUGUGCAAAAAUCUGGCUUUGGAUAUCAAUGACUUGAAGCCUGGAACAUUACUGAAGGACAAAGAAAAAUUGACAAACCUAGAAGAACAACUGUCGGCUCCAAAGAGAGAGUCCAAAAUACCUGAGGAACUGCCAGUAGUUGUCACCACUGCUGCAUCAGUGACUCCAGCAACAACCACCACGUGUACCGCCACUGGCCCUCCACAGCCACAGUUCAGCUACCACGACAUCAAUGUAUAUUCACUGGCUGCCUUGGCUCCUCACAUUACAGUCAAUCCAAAUAUUCCUUUGUUCCAAGCCCAUCCACAGCUGAAGUCAUAUGUUCGGCAAGCAAUAGACCGUGCUGUGCAGGAGCUUGUUCAUCCUGUCGUUGACCGUUCAAUCAAAAUUGCCAUGACCACCUGCGAACAGAUAGUCCGCAAAGAUUUUGCUCUGGAUUCUGAGGAGUCGCGGAUGCGAGUUGCAGCACACCACAUGAUGCGUAACUUGACGGCAGGGAUGGCCAUGAUUACGUGCAGGGAGCCAUUACUAAUGAGCAUUGCUACAAACCUAAAAAACAACUUUGCCACUGCUCUACGGGCUGCAUCCCCACAACAGAGGGAGAUGAUGGAACAAGCAGCUGCCCAGAUAGCACAAGACAACUGUGAGCUUGCAUGUUGUUUUAUUCAGAAAACAGCUGUUGAAAAAGCAGGCCCUGAAAUGGACAAACGACUUGCAACAGAAUUUGAACUUCGGAAGCAUGCCAGGCAGGAAGGUCGGCGAUACUGUGAUCCUGUAGUACUGACCUACCAGGCUGAGCGUAUGCCUGAGCAAAUCAGAUUGAAGGUGGGUGGUGUAGAUCCCAAACAACUGGCUGUCUAUGAAGAGUUUGCACGCAACAUCCCAGGAUUCUUACCAAGCAAUGAUAUUUCACAGCCCACGGGCUUCUUGGCCAAGCCCAUGCAGCAAGCUUGGGCAACUGACGAUAUUGCACAGAUUUAUGACAAGUGCAUCACAGAACUGGAACAACACCUGCAUGCAAUUCCACCAUCUCUGGCCAUGAACCCUCAGGCUCAGGCACUUCGUAAUCUACUGGAAGCUGUGGUAAUGGCCAGGAAUUCACGUGAUGCUAUUGCUGCUCUUGGCCUCUUGCAGAAGGCCGUGGAGGGACUGCUGGACGCCACUAGUGGUGCAGACUCAGACCUCUUGCUUCGAUACAGAGAAUGCCAUUUGUUGGUUUUGAAAGCUCUGCAGGAUGGGCGUGCCUAUGGAUCUCAGUGGUGUAACAAUAAAAUCACCAGGUGCCUAAUUGAGUGCCGUGAUGAGUACAAGUAUAAUGUGGAUGCUGUGGAAUUGCUCAUUAGGCAUCAUCUAGUGAACAUGCAGCAGUAUGAUAUCCACCUAGCCCAGUCAAUGGAGAACGGCCUGAAUUACAUGGCUGUAGCCUUUGCCAUGCAGUUGGUGAAGAUUCUUUUGGUAGACGAGAGAAGCAUUAGCCAUGUUACUGAAGCAGAUUUAUUCAACACUAUUGAAACACUUAUGAGGAUCAGUGCUCAUUCCAGAGGAAAUGCACCUGAAGGAUUACCACAGCUCAUGGAUCUCCUUAGAGCAAACUACGAAGCUAUGAUGGAUCGUGCACAUGGUGGUCCCAACUUUAUGAUGCAUUCUGGGAUAUCACAGGCCUCAGAAUAUGACGACCCGCCUGGGCUUCGGGAGAAAGCCGAGUAUUUACUGAGGGAAUGGGUAAACCUGUACCACUCGGCAGCGGCUGGACGAGACAGCACUAAAGCGUUUUCUGCCUUUGUUGGGCAGAUGCACCAGCAGGGAAUUUUGAAGACUGAUGACCUGAUUACUCGUUUUUUCCGUCUCUGUACUGAAAUGUGUGUUGAAAUUAGUUACCGCGCACAACAGGAGCAACAGCAUAAUCCUACCGCCAAUCCCACAAUGAUCAGGGCCAAGUGCUAUCACAACCUAGAUGCUUUUGUCAGAUUGAUAGCUCUGCUGGUCAAACACUCUGGAGAGGCUACCAACACGGUCACUAAAAUCAAUCUUCUCAACAAGGUACUGGGGAUUGUUGUAGGAGUCCUACUGCAAGAUCAUGAAGUACGUCAGAGUGAGUUUCAGCAGCUGCCAUACCAUCGAAUCUUCAUCAUGUUGUUGCUGGAGUUAAAUGCCCCUGAGCAUGUGCUGGAAACAAUCAAUUUCCAGACUCUGACCGCUUUCUGCAACACAUUCCACAUUUUACGGCCCACUAAAGCUCCCGGCUUUGUCUAUGCCUGGCUGGAACUGAUUUCCCACCGGAUCUUCAUUGCAAGAAUGCUGGCGCAUACACCUCAACAGAAGGGCUGGCCCAUGUAUGCCCAGCUGCUGAUUGAUCUAUUUAAGUUCCUGGCUCCUUACUUGAGGAAUGUGGAGUUGACAAAACCUAUGCAAAUUCUUUAUAAGGGCACUCUGCGUGUCUUGCUUGUCCUUUUGCACGACUUUCCAGAGUUUCUCUGUGACUACCAUUAUGGCUUCUGUGAUGUGAUCCCACCGAACUGUAUUCAGCUGCGUAACUUGAUCCUGAGUGCCUUCCCACGGAACAUGCGACUGCCAGAUCCAUUCACACCUAAUCUAAAGGUGGAUAUGCUGAGUGAAAUCAACAUUGCUCCCCGAAUACUGACCAACUUCACUGGAGUGAUGCCGCCUCAGUUUAAGAAGGAUUUGGACUCCUAUUUGAAGACGCGUUCUCCAGUGACCUUCCUGUCAGAGUUGCGCAGUAACCUGCAGGUAUCAAACGAACCUGGUAACCGGUACAACAUUCAGCUAAUCAACGCCCUGGUGCUGUAUGUGGGAACGCAGGCGAUUGCUCACAUCCAUAACAAGGGCAGCACGCCAUCCAUGAGCACUAUCACACACUCAGCCCAUAUGGACAUCUUCCAGAACCUGGCUGUGGACCUUGAUACUGAAGGUCGAUACUUGUUCCUGAAUGCCAUCGCCAAUCAGCUGCGUUACCCUAACAGCCACACCCACUAUUUCAGCUGCACUAUGCUGUAUCUGUUCGCUGAAGCCAAUACAGAAGCAAUCCAGGAACAGAUCACCAGGGUGCUGUUGGAAAGGCUGAUUGUAAACAGACCUCAUCCGUGGGGGCUGCUCAUCACUUUUAUUGAGCUAAUUAAAAAUCCAGCCUUCAAGUUCUGGAACCAUGAGUUUGUCCACUGUGCUCCUGAGAUUGAGAAGUUGUUCCAGUCUGUAGCUCAGUGCUGUAUGGGACAGAAGCAGGCACAGCAAGUAAUGGAAGGCACUGGCGCGAGUUAAAACGGAGAAGCAAUACCUCCUUGGAGAAACAACGUGGAGAGAGUGAUGGGCAGCCUGUGUUUUUCUUGAAAACUGUCAUUGGUUGUGUAACUUGCUGGUUCUUCCAAUCAAAUGCAGUCAGCUGCAUGAGUCAGACAUAGGAACAGUGGUCGGUGAAGAACUGAUUUCAUGUUGGACAUGUUUUAUUUUUCAUUUGUCACUUGGCCAAAAAAAACAAAUGCUGUGAAUAUCAUUUGAAAUGAUAUAAAAAAUGUAAAUAAAAGGGAGUGCAACCUUAAACUGGACUAUCUCCAUCUGUGCAAAUUGUAUUAAACUGACUUUUAUCCAGUUAUUACCGGUGUUGGCAGCUGAUGACACAUUGAUGAAGCAUGUCUGGGAUAGAUUCCCCACCGUUCCAAAUUACAGCCAAGCCACAGAUCCUCCAGAGAUGUAACAGGAGCUGCUCUUUAUUUGAUGCAUUUUCCCCAUUUUGUUGGGGUGGGGGGAGGGAGAGGAGGAAAGCAGUAUUGACUUUUAUUUGCCCGUUUUCUUGUAUAUUUAAAGUCCUCCAGCAGAUUAGAAUGGAGGUUCAGUAUGAUUUGCAAAAAGGUUUUUAUUUUUUAAGGUUUUUGUCUUCGAGAUGAGCCGCUCCUUCUGUCCUUUAACUAAAAGGGGGUGUCGAGGCUGACUGUGGCGUUCACGAUGUUAAUGCAAAGGAAAAUAAAAGGUUCUCCCUGAAUUCUGUAAAUUGUGGGAUAAAAAGAGCCAGUUUUGCGGCAUGAAGUCGAUUAAGUUUGUAAAAAGAAACCAAGGACCAAUACAGGCCAUUUUGUAAGGAUUUUGAAUGUUGUUUUGUAAAUGUAUUGGUCCAUGUGUUGUAUUUUGUAGUCUUUGUAGUUUCCUUGGCUCUAGUUCUGCCACUUAACACUCUUGUAUGUAAGCAUAUUGUAGUUAAUGCAUUAAAACCCAUGUCAUGCA